GCCUCACCCCGACAGCACGUGAUGCCCAAGUUCUCCUUCUGUCUACAGCUGCAGUUCUCACUCACCCUCCGGCUUCCUGUCGGGGCUUCUUCAGCCCCACCCCACAUUUGGAGCAUUUCCUUCCCUGACAGAGGGACGUGGGACCGGACUGGGGCCCUGGCGGAUGGAGACAUGCUGCCCCUGCUGCUGCUGCCCCUGCUGUGGGGGGGGUCCCUGCAGGAGAAGCCAGAGUACGAGCUGGAAGUGCAGAAGUCGGUGACGGUGCAGGAGGGUCUGUGCGUCCUCGUGCCCUGCUCCUUCUCUUACUCCGGGAAUUCCUGGUACUCCCCUUCCCCACUCUACGUCUACUGGUUCCGGGACGAGGAGAGCCCAUACUAUGGUGAGCCUGUGGCCACAAACGACCCAGGCAGAAGAGUGAAGCCAGAGACCCAGGGCAGAUUCCACCUCCUUGGGGACGUCUGGAAGAAGAACUGCUCCUUGAGCAUCGGAGAUGCCAGAAUGGGGGACACGGGAAACUAUUAUUUCCGCGUGGAGAGAGGAAGGAAUGUAAAAUAUACCUACCUUCAGAAUAAGCUGAACUUGGAGGUGACAGCCCUGACAGAGAAACCCGACGUCCACUUUCUGGAGCCUCUGGAGUCCGGCCGCCUCACAAGGCUGAGCUGCAGCCUUCCAGGAUCCUGUGAAGCGGGACGACCUCUCACAUUCUCCUGGACGGGGGAUGCCCUCAGUCCCCUGGACCCCAAAACCACCGGCUCCUCGGAGCUCACCCUCACCCCGAGGCCCGAGGACCAUGGCACCAACCUCACCUGUCAUGUGAAACGCCAAGGAGCUCAGGUGACCACGGAGAGAACUGUCCAGCUCAAUGUCUCCUAUGCUCCCCAGAACCUCGCCAUCAGCAUCUUCUUCAGAAAUGGCACAGGCACAGCCCUGCGGAUCCUGAGCAAUGGCAUGUCAGUGCCCAUCGUGGAGGGCCAGUCCCUGUUCCUGACCUGCACAGUUGACAGCAACCCCCCUGCCUCACUGAGCUGGUUCCGGGACGGAAAAGCCCUGAAUCCCUCCCAGACCUCAGUGUCUGGGAUCCUGGAGCUGCCCAACAUAGGGGCUAGAGAGGGAGGGGAAUUCACCUGCCGGGUUCAGCACCCGCUGGGCUCCCAGCACCUGUCCUUCAUCCUUUCUGUGCAGAGAAGUUCCUCUUCCUGCAUAUGUGUAACCGAGAAACAGGAGGGCUCCUGGCCCCUCGUCCUCACCCUGAUCAGGGGGGCUCUCAUGGGGACUGGCUUCCUCCUCACUUACGGCCUCACCUGGAUCUACUAUACCAGGUGUGGAGGCCCCCAGGGGAGUAGGGAUGAGAGGCCAGGCUGAGCGCCUCCUGCUCAAGACAGAACCGAGGUGUGGACACGCAGCCCUGUGGGACAGAUGCAGGACAUGGCUGUCAGCUUUUCUGGAGGCUGACAUCCCACUGACUACCCCGCUUUUCCUUUCUGCCCCAUACCCCAUCUACUUAUCCCCCUCUGCUUGUGAGUUUUGCCCUACCACACCUGCAUCCCUAUCUGCACCCCAUCCCCUCCCCAACCCCCGUUCUCUUCCCUCUCCAUCCUCCAUCUCCAGCCCUGUGAAGGGAACGUACUUUCGGUCUUAUACCCCCAAUACUCAAAACUAACCUUUUUUAUUUUUUUAUUUUUUUAGACAGAGUCUCGCUCUGUUGCCCAGGCUGUGUGCAAUGACACAACCUCCGUUCACUGCAACCUCCACAUCUGGGGUUCAAGCAAUUCUCCUGCCUCAGCCUCCCUAGUAGCUGGGAUUACAGGUACCUGCCACCACACCCAGUUUUUUUUUUUUUUUUGAGAUGGAGUCUUGCUCUGUCGCCCAGGCUGGAGUGCAGUGGCGCGAUCUCGGCUCACUGCAAGUUCUGCCUCCUGGGUUCACGCCAUUCUCCUGCCUCAGCCUCCCCAGUAGCUGGGAAUACAGGCGCCCACCACCACACCUGGCUAAUUUUUUGUAUUUUUAGUAGAGAUGGGGUUUCACCGUAUUAGCCAGGAUGGUCUCAAUCUCCUGACCUCGUGAUCCACCCGCUUUGGCCUCCCAAAGUGCUGGGAUUACAGGCGUGAGCCACCGUGCCCGACCAAUUUUUUUUUUUUUUGUAUGUUAGUGGAGAUGGGGUUUUACCAUGUUGGCCAGGCUGGUCUCGAACUCCUGACCUCAAGCAAUCCACUGCGUUGGCCUUCCAAAGUGCUGGGAUUACAGGCAGGAGCCACUGUGCCUGGCUGCCAAAAGUUACCUUCUUAACACUUGAAUUUCUGGUCUCCUCAACUUCCUUAUCCAUAUAGGCACAGACAGGCAGCAUUUGUUUUCCAGUUAAAACUCUACCUCACUGUGAUUAUUAUACAAUACAAUUAUUAUAAAAUAAGUAAAACUUUUAUGAAACAAUACAACGUAAUCGAUUUUA